AUGAGUGGCCCUGGUCCGUGCUGUGUCGAUCCUGGUGCUAAACAAAGUCACACUGUUCAAGGUACUGAAGAAACAACAGGAGGACUUAAAACCUACAAAACAGGUGAAGGAAAAUCAGCCAUUGUUAUUUUUACUGAUAUCUUUGGCUUUUCGUUCAUUAAUACACGAAAAAUAGCGGAUACUUUUGCUCAAUCGACGGGAACAACAGUUCUCGUUCCUGAUCUCUUUGAAGGAGAUUCCUUGGAUCCAAAUGCAUCAAGAUCCGAGUUACUGGAAAAAUUACCAACUUGGCUACCUAAACAUCCUGUUGAUAAAGCAUGUUUAGCUAUUGAUAAAUACAUAUCGACUAUUAAAGGUCAUUAUGAUUCUAUUCAAGUCAUCGGUUAUUGUUACGGUGCAAAACUAGUGGUACAUUUGAUUAUUCAUCCUGAAUUAUCCUCUGCGGUGAAAGCAGGUGCCGUUGCUCAUCCAACAUUUUUGGUCAAUGAAGAGGCUGAACAAAUAAAGAGGCCAAUUCUUUUUCAAUGUGCAGAAGUUGAUGAAAGAUUUCCACCGGAUAUGCGACAACAUUUCGAAAAAACUUUAUCUCCAACAGGUUUGGCAACAUUUAUUGAUUAUCCUGGAACUAUUCAUGGAUUUGUCAUUCGACCGGGUGAUUCUCCAGAAACCAUUCAACAAAGAGACAAGGCUGUUCAAGAUGCUAUACAAUUUUUCAAAAAGAACCUUUAA